GUGGCUCUUGCUGACCUGUUAAACAAACCAGGGCUUAAAAUGUUGAACACCCACCGAUCCUCUCACUCACAGCCUCACUCACUCCUGGAUUUACUCAACAAACAUCAGAUUAAAACCUUCCGGAUCCAAGCUUCCAGCCAUGAGACUCCUGCUGUCGGUGCUGAUGUGUAUCACUGUUGUUCAGCUUUCUUCGGGGGAUCAGCCCGUGGAAGAGGUUAUUACCGUUGUGAAGGCUCCUGUGUUGGGCGGCUGGUCGGUGCGGGACGCUAAGUCUGAGCAGGUUCUGGAUGCUGCUGAACAUGCAGUAAAGCUCUUCAACUCCCAUUUGAAGGGCAGAAGGCUCUUCAAGCUUCUGUCUGUCACCUCUGCUCAGAGUCAGGUGACCAACAUGAUUAACUACAAGAUUGAGGCAGUUCUGGCUAAAACUAAAUGUUUGAAGUCAGAAAACCACAAUUUGAACACCUGUGGUUUGGCCAAAAAGCGUCUGCAGUGCAACUUCGACGUGGCGUUCAACCCUGGCAACAGCAAAUAUGAGCUGCAGAGUCACAAGUGCACCAAAUCUUUCAACAAUGGCCAAUGAAAAAAAAAAAAAUCAUUUUCAGACAGAUACUUUUUCAUUACGUUUAUUGUGUCAAAUGAAAGAAAAAAAGCAGUCAUUUUAUAUCCCCACUUGGCAAACUUUUAAACAUUUAAGAGAAGAAGCUGUAAGUGGAUUCUCCACCUAUCAAGGUUUUUGUGAUGUAUGUUAUGACCACAAAUA